AUGGCUGCUACAGCUCGCCCGCUUGGGCCUCGAGCGAUCCCAAAUGGACCACAGUACCCGAACCCCUACGAGUCAGCCUGGUACGAGGCAGACCAACGUCUCGCUCCCUCUUACAUUGCUCCUCCUCCUCAGAGCCCUCCUUCUCCUGCAGACGUGCGAAUGGACUCGUACCCUUUUCCGGCUGCUCAGUCGCCCCAAGGCCGCGCUGGAGUGCCACCAUCGCCCAGCAAGCUGCCUCCCGGCGCUGCGAGGCCGUACCACCAAGUUAGCAAUGCUCCGCAGAGGCCGUCUAGCAUGUCUGGCCCAACACCCUUACCUCAACGUCCAGCUGCUCAGCAGGGAAGACGCCUUUCUCACCAGGGCCCAGCCGACAAUGGCCUGCAGCGCCAGCAGUCGCCGCUCGCUGCAAGGCCACCUUUGAGGCCAUCUCACUUUCAGAGCUUCCCAACGCCGGAGACGAGGUACGCUCCAGGUCAGAGUGGCCGCACUACUGCCAAUGGCAAGGGCAGCGCUUUCAUGCACAAGGGUUUCUUCGACUUGAUGCAGCUUGCCAAUGAUCGGGGCAACACAGCGGGAGCUUCCAAAUUCCUUGGGUCGAUGCAAGACGACCACCGUCCCACGAGCCCUUCGAAGUUCCGAUCCACGCUCAGCAAGGCGACGGCUGGGAUUCGUGGCCCUUCCAACAAGGUUGGCCCUCCUCCAUCCGCUGCGGCGGCCUCCAUCUCGCCAGACGGCAGCCCUCCCGCAGCUCAAUCCUCACUCGCCGCCCUACCCGGCGUGAAAGCGACGAAGAAGCGUAUCAAUGUAGGCCAGAUUUCAGCCCCUCGGCCAAGCAGUUUCGUUCACGCCGCACACGCCAGUGAUGCUGAGCAAGCGGAAGCGCUGCUCAACCGCUGGGGACGAGAUGGGGUCGGCAAGGUAGCUGACCCCAUUUGGGUGGAGCGCACCAAGGAGGCUCUCAAGAUGCAGGCGGCCCGCAAUCAGGCUGAAGCUAUUGCGCAAGUACAGGCGGCGAUGCAUCAGGACUCUUACCUCAUCAAUCAGCCCCGAGCACUGCAGAUAAUGAACGGGCUGCCUUCAAACUUUACGGCCAGUAGCGUGCCGACGAUCAACAGCCUCGCACCGACGAUGGGCCACUCUGUAAGCAGCGGGAGCCAACAGACGCUACACGGCAUGCCGACGACGAGCGCCCCGAAUACCCCUGGCGUCGGUGGCUUCGUCAACCAGUUCAAGGGUAUUGCUGAGGAGGGCAGGAGCGGUGGCUCGGACGAGCCGACGGUCGAGGAGUCACGCGACACGCUCGAAGUUCCGCAAAUCGCUAGACCCACGCUACCUCGCACCAACACCGCUGGCACGACGAUCCUCAACCGCACUCCCAGCCCCAAUGGACAAGCAGACGGAGAAGCUCAGGACUAUCUCUCAUACCGUAAUCCCCAAGCAGCCGCUGCUCCGAUCUCAAUCGACGGUCUGCCAGGCGGCGGAGAACGGGGUACUGGUGGUCUGAACAAGAUGUUCGAGUCGCUCACCACCAAUCCAGCUGCCCGACCGACCUCGAUGCUAGUUCGCGACUCCUAUCUCGACGGCAGCGACCUCUCCGCUCACAUGGCGGCAGAGAUGGACAAUCUCGCUUUGCGCCCCUCACUGACCACGGUCGAAAAGAGCGUAGCAGCCAAGAUCUACUUCGAAAAUCUCUACUAUGGCAUCCUCAAGAAGCCAGCCGCGCGCGAUACCCGCCGAGCCGGCCUCGAGAAAGAGCUUGCUGGCCUUCGCAUUCCCGAGUCUAGCAAGGAGGCCAUUCGUUCUGCGUGGACGGCAAGGGAAACGGAGUACCUCCGCGAUGUCAGAGCGAGAGUCAGCGCGAACUCUUUUGCGAAGUUGAAGACCAUCGGCCACGGCGCGUUCGGUGUGGUGGCGCUCGUACGAGAAAAGGGAAGUGGGCAGCUAUUCGCCAUGAAGCAGUUGAGGAAAGCAGAUAUGCUGAGAAAGGGGCAGGAGGGCCACGUACGCGCCGAACGCGACCUCAUGACGAGCGCGAGCGCUAGCGGAAGCCGACGCUGGAUCGUCAAUCUCGUCUACAGCUUCCAGGAUACCGACCACCUCUACCUCAUAAUGGAGUUCAUGGGCGGCGGCGAUCUUCUCAACUUGCUCAUCGAAAAGGACAUCUUCCCCGAAGACUUCUCCCGCUUCUACGUAGCUGAGAUGAUCCUCGCAAUUCACGAAGCCCACAGGCUCGGGUACAUCCAUCGGGACAUCAAGCCGGACAACUUCCUCUUCACAUCGCAGGGCCACAUCAAGCUGGCAGACUUCGGACUGUGCCAAAGCUUCCACUGGGCGCAUGACGGGGCGUACUAUGAUCAGCAUCGCCGCAAUUUGCUCAAGAAGCACGGGAUUGAUUUGGAAGAUGCGGGGGCAGGCAGGAGGACGAGGGCAAAUGGUGCUGCUGGUGGCGGCCCGCAGCGCGACGAAGCUGGACGCCCCCUCGACGAUCGAGAGCUCCGCGAGAUAAUGAGCGACCGCAACCCUGACGGGACACCGCACACACACGUCCUGACCUGGCGGGAGAAAAACAAGAAGAAGAUUGCCUACUCCGUGGUGGGCACCAACAAUUAUAUGGCUCCCGAGGUGCUACGCGGCCUAGGCUACGAUCAAUCGUGUGACUGGUGGUCCCUUGGCUGCAUAGUCUUCGAGAUGCUCUAUGGCUACCCUCCCUUUGUCUCCAAGAGUCGUCAUCUCACGCGCCAGAAGAUCCUCAACUGGCGUCAAACAUUGCGUUUCCCUCCCAAGCCUCGAGGAAUCUCUCGUGAGGCUCAGGACUUCAUUCUCCGGCUAGUCUGCGAAAGGGAGGACAGGCUAGGCAGCACAAGUACGGCAUCAGUCAGCAGGCCCAACUCGGUGCUGCAGAAUGCUCGUCAACAGAGCGGAUUCGCUCCACCAGGCGCUGGGGCCGGCGGAGCCGGUGGGCUGGCCGACGGGGUCGAGGAGCUGAUGUCGCACCCUUGGUUCAAGGGAAUCGAUUGGGAUGAGCUGCAUCGCACCACCAAGCCGCCUUUCCGCCCAGCCUUGGCUCACGCGGCCGACACGCGCCACUUCGAAGACGAUAUUGCCGACGAGCCACUCGCUGCUCCAGGCGCUUUGACUGCCGCCGAGAACGGAGGCGUGCCCCCGCCGCCUGACCCGGCGAGAGACCCGAUGCUGAGGGAUAAAGCGCAUGGCGGCCGACUGCUGGAGAUGAGAAAGCAGCUGGCUUUUGUGGGAUACACCUUCAAGAGGCCACCGGGCUUUGAUCCGAGGGACAUUGAUGGGGAGGUGGCCGCGAGUGCGCAAGCGAAUGGGCAGAGCGCAAGAGCACUGGCGCAGGCUAUGGGUGCACCAGAGGGCGGAAGUCAUAUCAGGUCGAUGUCGAUGUGA